AUGGCGUCGAAAUACAACAAGCUUCAAGGAAAACACGUCCUCAUCAUUGGCGGGACCUCUGGAAUUGGGUACGCGGUGGCAGAAGCGUCUCUGGCGGCCGGAGCCAAGGUUACCGUGUCCUCGUCCAGCCAGGCCCGAGUCGAGUCUACUGUCCAGAAACUCAAAGAAAACUUCCCUAACGGCACCGCUGCCGGUCACGCCUGCGAUGUGUCCAAGCCCACCGUCGAACAGGAUCUCGAGGCGCUCUUCACCAAGGUCGGACAGGUCGACCACAUCGUCUACACGGCUGGUGGCAAGCUCUCCCAGCUGGACCUUCCCGACGUCACCUACGAGAAGCUCAUCGCAGCUGGACAGAUCCGCUUCUUCGCCGCGUUUUUCGCGGCCAAGGUCGGCCGUAAAUUUUUGACCCCCGGCCCGUAUUCGUCUAUCGUCUUUACCACUGGUACUGUCAGCCAAAAGCCGAUUCCAGGGUGGUCUGCAUUGGCUGGUUAUGGCGGCGGCCUGCAUGCGCUGACGAGAAACCUGGCUCUCGACUUGAAACCCAUCCGCGUCAAUCUUGUCAGCCCUGGCGCCGUGGAGACGGAGCUCUGGGAGACUGGGAAUAAAGAGGCCGACGAGAAGUUGAAGGCAAUGCUUGACGGCGUUGUCAAGACUUUACCGACGGGAAGAAUUGCCCAGCCUGAGGAUGUGGCCGAGGCUUAUCUGUUUCUAUUGAAGGACCCGAGUGUUACUGGCACUGUUGUUGACAGCAAUUCAGGAGCGUUGCUGGUCUAA